GUCGUCUGGAGCUGCUCUCUGAUUGGCGGAACGAUGGCUGCUGAGAGGAACUCGUGUCAUCAUUUCAGUCCAGUCAUAAAAUAACCUGCAGUACCACUAGUCUUUCUUAUACUGUACUCAAUUUGUAUUAUUUUGACGUCUUCUGAGGCUAUACUGAAGCUGCCGUUCAGUGUACAAGACGUACAAAAACAGGCAGACAUGGAUAUUAUUGAACCCAUCUUGUCCAUAGCGGAGAAGCUCUAUGAUUUGUGUCAGAAAGUGAAGGCCAACAAGGAACGCUGUCAGCGCUUGGCCGCUCGUGUCUCUGCUCUGGCAGAGCUGGUUAGAGUGAUCCAGAAGAGUGGCUUUGGACCAAACCCUGACAUCGUGAAGAAAGGUCUUAACGAACUCAAAAUCACGCUCGAGUCCGCGAAAGGCUUGGUCCAGAAAUAUGUUGACUCUCGUUUCCUGAAGCGCAUCGUGCGGGCUUAUGACCACGGAGAGGAGAUUGGAAGUUUGAACGAGCGGCUGAACGACGCAGCCCAGGUGCUCUCCCUCGCUCUGCAGGUGGAACAGAGGGAUAGGCACCUGGACAGUUUCAGGGAGGAAACUAGGAGGACACAGGAUGAGAAAGACACCAUGGUUGACCGACUGGAGCUGGAGAAAAUGCUACAGACAGUGGAGGACACCAAGGAAAGCGUGGACGCCACUCAGAAAGAUGUGCAAGAUAUCAAAGCCAUGCUGGAAUCCUUGAAGAAACCUUGCGUUUCUCCAAACAUCCGAGAGAUCAAACCAGAGGAGAUCAGUUAUGACCAUCCUAAAGAGCCCUUCAUGACUUCAGCCUGCUCACAGGUCUUCAAAGGAGAGUACAAUAAAUUUACAGUGGCUAUCAAAAGAUACACCAACCCAAUGUGUAACACCCCAAGUCAAAUAAGAAGCAUCUUUCUAAAGGAAGUUGAAACUAUGAGGCGCUUUGAGUCACCGAACAUCCUGCGGAUGUUUGGCAUCUGUGUCCAAGACGGGCCGUCCCCAGACUACCUGAUCGUGAUGGAGUACUGUGAGAGGGGCAGUCUGAGGCAGGUGCUGGACUCCCAGUCUAACUUGAGCUGGUUCCGCAAGGCUCACAUGUGUAGAGGAGCAGCUCAAGGCCUUUACAGGUUGCACCAAUCAGAAGAGAAAUUCAAAGUGCACGGAUGUAUCAGUAGUAGUAAGUUCCUGGUGGCUUCUGGAUAUAUUGUGAAGCUUGGUGGCUUUGAGUUGGCAAAGACAGAGACGUCGUUGAAGAAAUCGAAGACCAGAAAGAGCAGCAUGCUUUGUUACAGCUCCCCUGAGCACCUGGAGAGCAUUAACUGUCCUUACACCAAGGCCUGUGAGAUAUACAGCUUUGGCAUUGUACUGUGGGAGAUUGCAACCCGCAUGAUUCCAUUCAAAGAUGCCUCAGUUGAGGAUAUUUACCAGAAGGUGUGUGUUGACAAAAUGAAUGAGCCACUGCCUGGUGAUUGUCCUGAGGAUCUGAGAGAAUUGAUCGACGCUUGUCGCUCCUAUGAUGGCUUCUUCAGACCAACAGCUGGAGUGCUUGCAGACAAACUUCUUAAAGUCUUAGAGAAUCUCGAAAACUGAUGCAAAGGAUCAACAUUUCUCAAACGGCUGGAGCUGGAUGAGCUGGGAAACAAUAAACGAAGAUAAAUUGCAAUGAAAGCAAUGUUAAAGAAAGAUAAAUAAUGUUGUCUUAUCUGAAUAUUAUGCAUACACGUUCAAAUUUUACACGUAUGUUGCCCAGAGUGCGAAUUAUACAAUGAUAAUCGGGGUCAAUUUAUUCUCAAGGGCGUAAAGUAAUAUUUACGAUUACAGGUAAGAACGAUAUAUAAAUGUAUCGACCACCGAUCUCUUAUUGAUAUGUAUUCAAGGAGGAUUUAGAAUACCUGUUGAGGUUAUACCGUCAGUGAAAAUAUAUUUUAUGUUAAAGCACUUGUUUAGCUCCAUACUUGUCUGUUCACCUUGUCUGUCAGCACAAACUACGUGGCUUGAUGAUUGUGCAGCAUGUGAUACAAACUACACUAUGAUUCUUUAAAAAGAUUUAUUCAAACCA